GCCGCUGCUCUUACUCUCUUUUCCUUCUUCAGCUACUUCUCUUCCCUCUCUGUGGCAUUCAAGAUCAUUCUGUAAGUGAAGCCGUUGCAGAGAAGGGAUCAUGGUGCACGUCUCCUUCUAUAGGAACUAUGGGAAGACAUUCAAGAAACCCCGACGUCCUUACGAGAAGGAGCGUCUGGAUGCAGAGUUGAAAUUGGUUGGAGAAUAUGGGCUUCGUUGUAAGAGGGAGUUAUGGAGGGUUCAAUAUGCAUUGAGCCGAAUCCGAAACAAUGCUCGUAUGCUCUUAACACUUGAUGAAAAGAACCCGCGUAGGAUUUUUGAGGGAGAGGCUCUUCUUAGGAGGAUGAACAGGUAUGGUCUUUUGGAUGAGAGUCAGAACAAGCUCGAUUAUGUCUUGGCCCUUACUGUGGAGAAUUUCCUUGAGCGUCGUCUCCAAACUCUCGUGUUCAAGUCUGGUAUGGCUAAGUCUAUCCAUCAUGCUAGAGUGCUCAUCAGGCAGAAGCAUAUAAGGGUUGGAAGGCAGGUGGUCAACAUCCCUUCUUUCAUGGUGCGGGUCGAUUCCCAGAAGCACAUAGACUUCUCACUCACGAGUCCGUUUGGAGGUGGCCGUCCUGGAAGGGUGAAGCGAAAGAACCAGAAGGCAGCUGCAAAGAAGGCUGCUGGAGGCGACGGUGAUGAAGAAGACGAGGAUUGAGUUAUUGAUGAAAAAAAUGAUUAUCCGAGAUGAAAACGAUUAGCUGAGGAUCUCAGGUACUGAGAUCAGCCUCAAUCUAAACCUUAUCUAUUGAUAUUUGAAAGAGAAUGUUACCUCCUUUUAGAAGUUUUGCUUUAAAUAUUUUUGAAUUAGAGAACUUGUUUGUUUUUUUUUUUUUUGUUAUGGCGACUUGAUUAUAACCUAUUUGGUUUUUUUAAGUUCUCACAGUUUUCAUGAAUUGAUACUUGAUCAUGUGAAGGACUCAGUUUUUUCUU